AAAAAAAAGAUGAGAGAAAAAAGAUGUUAACUGGCGUUUUUUCACUGGUUGCAUAGAUGACACAAAGUGGCUGGCCUGUGGUAACAUGUACCGGUAGAUAAAGUAGCUCACAAGUUAGUGGUCAGGAAAUGUUUACGCCUAUGUCACUCGGCAACAGUGCAGUCCUGGUGCAGAUGCUGCAGAACUGUUUGCAUUGGCAGAGCCAAAUAAAGAAACAAAUCAUAAUAUGUUGUCACUUAUUAGUAUUAACCAAUAAAUGGUGCUUGUAGAAGCGUGGUAUAAAAACAAUACCACACUUGAGGUCGUGAUGUUCCACUGAAUAUCAGCACAUUGUGAUUAACUUGCAUACUGUAUGUCUGAAUCACAGGUGUGCUGAUAUUCAGUACAUGUCAUGUGAUAUUGUUUAAUAUUCACAAAAUUCUCUGUAGAAUUCGAUAUAGUACGAUGGUACAUAGAUCUUUGAUGCGGUAGAUGAGUGUAAGUGUAUUCCUCAGUUGUAGUGCAACUCCUCUGUUGCAGAUAAGAUGUGUCAGGCCACUUCAAUGACAUUCAGAUGUUCCUUGGAGAACACUGUUCUGAAAGAAUAGUGUUUUUCUGUUUUUGUCAAAGUAUGUGUUGUUAGCAAAGAGAAAGUAAGUGUAAACUAUGAUGGGUUUUUCAUUUUAUUGUACGUUUUUGUGAAGGUUUUCUUUAUGACUGACAAUGAAUGGCAGCAAAUAUCUUAAUACAAAUCAAUCUAUGCAAAUUACAGACAGUUAAACACUGUUUUAAAGGGGAGGCCGAGAACAGUAACGCUCAUGAUACUUGAGAUGUAUUGAAAAAUGUUCUUCAACAAGACAACAUAUUUUACAGUAAUAUUAAUCAUAUCGAAACUGCAGUGAUAAGACAUGAUUUUGAUUAUUGAAACGAGUUCUGGUUGUUCUGAAUUCUCAUAUAAAGUCUUAUAUGUCAGUAACAUUUGUUUACGAAAUUUGUCAUUAGAUGCAUUUACCACCAGCGCUACAAAAACCACAAGUGAAAAGAAGAGCGCUGAGAGGUUAGAUUAUAAUCAGGGUGAGGGAAGUGUGUGUUGUUUGCUUUUUUAAACUGUCCACGGUGCUUUUAAGAAAACAAACUACAUGUCAAAUGCAUAGUCAUUUAAAUAAAUGUAUUAUUGCUCUGCAUGCUCACAUGUUGUUUGAAGCCCAAAACACACUGGAAUUAAUUAAGUCAUUAAUUAAUGAAUGUGAGCUAUGUGAAAAAAAAUGUAACUUGGUAAACUAUUACUCUCAUUUCCUCCCACCAGAAAUGAGGCUAUCGUAGACCUUAGUGCCUAGUGACUUCCUCAAAGAUUUCAGAAGUCAGAGAAGAGUGCUAAAUGCCACAGCACAUUCAGGCUGAAUCUCUCAUUUGAAUACUCACCAUUAACUCACCAAUAAAUAUUAGCCAGAUAAGAAGCACUAUGGAUGUGGACGAUGUAAUCUACACAGUGUUGGAGGUGCUCAUUGCUGUGAGCUGUUGUCUUGGUAAUAUGCUGGUUAUUCUGGCUCUGUGGACCAGUAAAAGCCUUCAACAGCCUACCUUCUGCCUUAUUGUCUCUCUGGCUGUGGCUGACUUUAUGGUUGGCAGCAUGGCCAUACCAUUGGCUGUGCUGGUGGACGGACGAGUGAGGACUUCUUUCUACGGCUGUCUCUUCAUCAGCUGCACGAUCAUCCUGUUGACCCUGGUCUCAGUUUUGUCUCUGGUGGCUAUUGCAGUGGAUCGAUUCCUUCGAGUGUAUAUCCCUCUCAGGUACAAAAGCACUGUUACACGGAGACAUUCUUUGAUUGUGGUAGCAGCAUGUUGGAUUGUUGCAAUACCACUGAGUUUUGCUCCCAUGCUUGGAUGGUACAAACAAGAGACCUUGUCUAACUCUGUCAACUCCACUAUUGUCUGCCAGUUCAUAGCAGUGAUCCCCAUGUCAUACCUGGUUUACUUCAGUUUUUUCCUCUGCAACCUCAUCCCUCUGUUGGGAAUGACUAUUUUGUAUGGAUGCAUUUUUUACACUAUUCAAGGAAACCUUCGUGAGAGACCAGGCAACUGUGUCCAAAAUCAUUCUCAGAACUACCUAAGGAAAGAGAAGAAGCUGGCAGGAUCUCUGUUUUUGGUUUUGGCUCUGUUCGCCCUGUCCUGGCUCCCUCUCCACAUAAUGAACUGCAUUUCUUACUUUGGUGGACCGAAUGUUGUACCAGUAAUAGCUUUCUACGUUGGCAUCCUGCUUUCUCAUGCUAACUCAGCCGUAAACCCGAUUGUGUACGCGUUCAAAAUACAAAAAAUCAGGUCAGCUUACCUGAAGAUCUGGAGACGGUGUGUUGCAUGUGGAGAAGAAAAUCAAGAACCUCAGACAAGCCAGACAACAGACAAUAAUCUCAGCGGUAACAUUAACAGUAUGGUCAAAAAAGAGUGAAGGAAUUUAUUUCUUUGUUUCUGUGUGUGUUUGUUCUUAAUAGCUAUAUAACUAUACAGGGAUAUUGUUGUACAAUAUAAAAUAUACAUAUUCUUUGACUCUUCACUAUAUAUUUUAUUUAGUUGGUCAUAUGUUCCUGUAGUUUAUCAGUUAUGUUGCUUUUCUAUGGUUAGUUGUGAGGUGUGAACAUGCGGCUAACCACGAAACAUUUCCAUGAAGCUCUAUUUAGUUUUGCAGUUUGUUCUGUGCAUAAAUUACGUGUGUAUUUACUUCCUGUCUGGCAUCAACUAAACAUUUAUGUAUAUAAUUAUAGUCUUGAAACUUAACUCUAUGAAAUGCUCUCUGUAUACUAUCGCUCAACAUUCUCAU